AUGAAACCGGACACGGCAGUGACUAUAAUACAAGUAAUAUUUGUGUGUUAUGAAAGCUGUGCUCAGCACGCCCUUCGCUUUUGUAGUCCUCGGGCCACUGGUUAUGGCUUAGUAAUCUGGCCCCUGGCCCCCUGUCUGAAAUCUCCCGAACCAUGUUGCCUCCAUUCACAAGGGCAGGUGAAUUCCACCUUGCUGUCUACGCCAGAAUCAUACUGGGGCCAGUUUGAAGAAAUCUCCAAAUACAAUACUCAUCUGAACGUGGUCGAAAGACUAUGGACAGCAUGGUAUGCCUGGAUGCAAAAUGACGUUCUUGCAACUGGAAUCAUGUCUUUUGUAAUGCACGAAAUUGUAUAUUUCGGGCGUUCCCUCCCUUGGAUCUUUAUAGACACUCUCGGUUUGUUCAAGAACUACAAGAUUCAAAGCAGCAAGAUACCAUCCUUACGAGAGCAAUGGGAUUGUGCUAGAUUUGUGCUACUCAGCCAUUUUACCGUAGAGCUGCCACAAAUAUGGCUUUUCCACCCGAUGGCCCAGUUUUUUGGCCUGUCCACCUCUGUACCUUUUCCCUCUUUGUGGACCAUGGCUUAUCAAAUAGCAAUAUUCUUUGUCCUGGAAGACACGUGGCAUUACUUUUCCCACCGUGCUCUCCAUUGGGGUCCACUGUAUAAAGCCAUCCACAAGAUUCACCAUCAAUAUUCCGCACCUUUCGGUAUGGCAGCUGAAUAUGCUUCUCCAAUUGAAGUCAUGAUUCUUGGAUUUGGUACUGUUGGUUGCCCAAUUUUAUGGUGUGCAGUAACCGGCGAUCUGCAUAUUUUUACGAUGUACAUCUGGAUCGUCUUGCGGCUUUUCCAGGCCAUUGAUGCGCACAGUGGCUAUGAGUUUCCAUGGAGUCUUCAUCACUUCCUCCCUUUCUGGGCUGGCGCAGACCACCAUGAUCUCCAUCACGAGAAGUUUGUAGGAAAUUAUUCCAGCAGCUUCAGGUGGUGGGACUAUCUUCUGGACACCGAAUACUCCCCGGAGGCUAUCAAGAGGAGAAGGGAAAACAAGUCUGUGAAGGAUACCAAGAAGGCUCAGUGAUAUUCCAGUCUUUGCAAUGCCUGAAAUAAAGGUGACCUGUAUGGGCCAUGUCUCAGGGCCAUAUGGGCUCUCUGGCGACGCGGCCGUUGGGCGGGACUUGACCAUGGUUAUCGACGACGUGAUACAUCAUCUUAUGACUUACACUUGCUAAUAUAGAGAUAUGGAUUUUAAUUCAAGUUUUAUUCUUUUGGGUCGAUUGACUAGCUGAGGGGUGUCAUGGCUAGGAUUGGACUAUAUCCCUUGCCUUGAGCAGACUUAUGUAAAAUAGUUUAUUGAAAAUAUUUUAAACUCCUUGUCAUAUAUGUUCUUUAAAUUCUAGUUUUGAUCCUUAUGAUAGGAAACAGGAGCAAGGCUGUUAAGGGGCGUUGUUGGAGAUGUGUUAAUGUUGG